AUGACACCUGAAGCCCCCGAAGCUGAAGACGACAGAGAAGAAACGAGGAAAUUAAUUCGUCAAGCAGGAGCUGAAGGAUUGACCCUUCUGAAGAAUGAAAACAAAGUCCUACCAAUCAAAAUGUCCCAAAAGAAAAUCGCAGUCAUAGGACCAAAUGCCAAUCGAGCAAUAGCAGGGGGUGGGGGUAGUGCUAGUUUGAAUCCUUACUACAGCACCAUCCCGCUGGAUAGCAUCAAAGCCAUACCUGGAAAGGAAAUCAAAUAUGCUCUAGGCUGUCACACCUACAAAUGGCUUCCUCUUGCAGCAGACUAUUGUACCACUUCUACCGGCGCUCAAGGUGUAACCCUUGAAUUUCACAUCGGCGAUAAGUUCGAAGGAGCCCCUCGAAUAAUCCAACACCGCACCAACACAGAUCUUUUCCUGUGGGACUCUGUCCCUGAAGAAGUGAAUCCCAUCUGGUCUGUCCGUGCAAAGACAAUGCUAACACCCACCACCACUGGCUUGCAUACCCUCUCAUUCUCAAGCGUAGGCCCCGGACGACUUCUCGUCAACGGCGAUGUAAAAGUCGAUUUGUGGAAUUGGACGGAAUUAGGUGAAGCGAUGUUUUCGGGCAGUAAAGAUAUUCUUUUUGAUAUUCACCUUGAAGCCAAUGUUCCCGUCGAGCUGGUAGCCGAAACAACAAAUGAGAUCCGACCAUUGGCCAAACAAGCACAACUUAAGCAGACACACGCUACAGGCGGAUGUCGCAUCGGCUAUAAAGAAGCGGAUACUGAGGACCAUUUGCAGAAAGCUAUUGAUGCAGCAAAAUCCUCAGAUGUGGCGAUUGUUAUCGUGGGUCUCGAUGCAGAGUGGGAAAGUGAGGGGUAUGAUCGUCAGACUAUGGAUUUACCUAGUGAUGGAAGUCAAGACCGAUUAAUCGAUGCAGUUGUAGAGGCAAACCCAAAUACAAUUGUGGUCAAUCAGUCAGGAAGUCCGGUGACGAUGCCUUGGGCAAAGAAAGUUCCAGCGAUACUUCAGGCGUGGUAUCAAGGUCAGGAAGCGGGAAACGCAUUGGCUGAUGUACUUUUUGGAUUUGAGAAUCCGAGUGGGAAGUUACCUACAACCUUCCCCGUUCGCCUCUCCGAUAACCCAACCUACCACACCUGGCCAGGCGAAAACCUCUGUUCCCUCUACGGUGAAGGUCUUUAUAUCGGUUACCGCCACUACGACCAUUUAUCCCUUCCCCCCCUUUUCCCAUUCGGUCACGGCCUCUCAUACACCACUUUUUCCUACUCUUCUCCCACACUAUCCUCCACUAUUUUCUCAGCCUCACAAGAAAAAAUAACGCUCCACCUAAAAGUUACCAACACAGGCUCAGUGCAAGGAAAAGAAAUAGUCCAACUCUACAUCCACGAUGUCAAGAGCAAACUCCCCCGACCAGAAAAAGAACUCAAAGGAUUCGCAAAAGUGGAUCUUGCAGCUGGCGAAUCAAAGAAUGUGGAUAUUAAUAUCGAUAGAUAUGCGCUCGGCUACUGGGAUGAUAGUUAUCGAGACGGAAAGGGGUUAUGGGUUGCAGAGGAGGGGAAAUUUGAGGCGUGGGUUGGCGCCAGCGCCGCGGAUAUUAGGCAUAAAAUUCCUUUCGAAGUUAAGGAAACUUUUACUUGGGUUUUUUAG